CUUAUGACCACCGCCACCGAUUGUGGACAUAAAGAUAAACGUCCAAGGCAUAAAAAGGAACCAUGCAUGCCCGCCGUUCACGCCAAGGAUAAAGAUGAGGUAUGGCCCCCAGAUGUAGAAGCGGCCUUCAUUGAAGCCCUAGAAACGAUUCCCAAGCUUGGAAGACGCAAGAUCCUGGUUCACGGAAAACCAUGUGGUCGAAAUGAACUCAUUUCUGAUUAUAUUUUCCGCAAAACCGCCAAAACUCGUACACGGAAACAAGUGUCUUCGCAUAUCCAGGUGUUAAAAAAUACAAAGAAAGGGGAUCCCCAUUUUAUGCGGUUAUUGACAGAUUCGGUGGACAUUGAUGAAACAUACACGUCUCAUCAACAUCCUUAUCAGCGGGGUCCCAUGCCGGCCAACACUCACGGUCGCGGGAAAAUGAAUACUCUCCAGUCAUCCGAGUCGAUUUCCUCAGAGGAAUCGUCCAUGAGUUCCACUUCGUCGCCGGCCGACUACGUGUUUGAUAUGAUGUACAACGAUCUAUGUCACUCACAACCGCUUCCCAUGCUCGAUCUGAAAGAUCCAUUCUAUGACGUUUUGCAACCUACCGUGUACGGUCUUCCGGAUCACACGCUUUACAACGCCACGGACGCCGUGAGCACACCAUGCUCAACGACAACCCCUUCCUCCUUUUUGCCGGGGGCUACAGAUGAUACCCUUUCAUAUGUCACCUACUCUCUAUGGCCCAACUAUCUCUGUUUCUACCUAGAGUACACACUGCCUUACAAUCGAUCGGUAAACCUUUCUUCAUAUUUUUCCCUCAUCUCGUAUCGUUCACUCACUCACAGUAUUAAUUUUUUUUGGAUGAAAUUUGAUAUGAACCUGACGAUUUCGGAUUUCUUUUUCAACAAUGCCUCGUUCUUUGAAUCUCGCGAACGGCGUAUCAUUGAAUGCACCACCACCAUUUACUCGUUUGGCAAGGUGGUGUGGCAGUCAAAAGAAGUGCAGCAGGCCAUGUGGGUGAACGAAGGCAAAUACAUGUAUACCUUUGUAUACGAAAAUGAGUUCUUUGAUGCGUUCAUGAAGAAAAUCCGAAAAGUCAAGUCAUGGGAAGAAGUGGAUAAUGCCAUCAAUAACCUCUGCAUUGUCCAGAUCUUUGAUGAUAUCGAGACCAAGUACCACAAUACUACGCCCAAUGCUUCCUCUGACAUUUUCGAUCCUUUAUUGUCACUGACGACGACUGAACCAGUGUUUCCUGAAGACCCAGUCUCUGUGCCUUUACUCAUGAUGAUCUACGAAUUUGAGCGCGGCCAGGGCACCAUUGAUAUUUCAACCGUAGCCAAUCACGUUGCCACCACCAAUGAUCCUACCAAAACAUUGGCGUAUCUUGGAGUCAAUGUUCCCGCCCCAGUCUCCUCCACGUUGGAAACCGACAAUGACAGCAAAUCCAUUAUUGUUGCCACUCCUUCAGAGGUUGAAUGAAAAAUCAACAAACAGCUGUCCUCUCCUGUCUUUACAAGAACUCACCAGCCAAUCAAUUGGUCCA